AUGCCGCGGUGCUACAUGGUGAAGAAGGCCCCGUGCAACAAGUACAUCACCAGCGUCGCCAGGGGAUUCGAGAGCUGGGGUCGAGGAAGGGACUCGCCGUCCCCGAGCGUGGUCCAGCUGCAAGCCUCCCAGGUGGAGGCGUCCCCUGCGGCUGCACCUGCACGAGAAUGCCCGACGCCGCAGUUCCCGACAGGGCCCGGCAUGCCGACGUCGGACCCGACGAGCUGCCAGGACUACGGAGCGGGGACCGCGACUACGUCGACGACGCCGGCGUGCAGGGCACCGUCUCCCACCUACUCGUCGACGGAGACGGACGAGAUCAUCGACGUGACGACCUGCUCGACGCCCUCCGUCUAUCCUUCGCCUUCGGACCCGACGUCGCUGGCAUUGCGGUCGGAGGAUCCGUCGGUCCCGACGUCGCCGGAGAGCACGAUGGUGUCGCUGGACGAGCCCCGGAUCUCCACUCUGCACCGGCCCCUGGUGACCUCCUCUUCGACGUGCUGCCCGAUCCCUUCCUACAGGGACGCGGGGAGCGAGCACGUGCGCACGGGGAUCGGCACCAUGGUCGGCGCCCCCCAGGAGAUGCCGCUCUUCAAGGACAGGUCGGCGGCCGAGACGGAGGCUGCCCACGAUCUUCUGGAGCUCUCCAGGUCGCUGCCUCCUCUGCCGCCUCCCAGCGUCGCCGUUGGUCCGCACAGCGUCGUGGAGGCUCCCUCGGCGGACGUGCAGGAGAUGACGGUCUAUCAGCCGGAUCAGCCGAUGUACCAGGUGAACACCAUCGACCUGGCCAGCCCGGUGUAUCAGCCCCAUCCCGCCGGCAUUAUCUACGAGCCGGCCCCGAUCGUCCAGCAGACCCCUGGGGGCGUCUUCAUCCCGCUGUCGCCGAUCCAGGAGAUCCUCUUCACGUACAGCGCGCCGACCUCCAUCCCAUCCAUCGUCACUCCACCGCUGGAGCCGCCUCCGUUGACGCCACCUGCCUCCGAGUGCAGCAGCGACAUCGAGAACAACAGUCCCAAUGCUCAGCCCAUGAGAGACAAGGAGGUGCAGACCGUCACCGAGCAGGCCGAGGUCAAGGCCGCAGCCUACACUUUCGACACCCUCCUGGUGGCCGAUGGCCGGUCCAAGAACAAGAAGUCCCCGCCGCAGAAGCCCGUCAACGAGUCCGAGCUCGGGGAAUCAACGGAAAAUAAGCCCAAGACCGGAAGCUACGUCUGCUGCGAAUGCGGCAAACAAUACGCCACGUCGUCGAACUUGUCUCGCCACAAGCAGACCCACCGCAGCAUAGACUCCCAGUCGGCGAAGAAGUGCAUCCACUGCGGGAAGGCCUACGUCAGCAUGCCCGCCCUGGCGAUGCACGUGUUGACGCACAAGCUGACCCACAGCUGCGGCGUCUGCGGGAAGCUGUUCUCCAGGCCGUGGCUGCUGCAGGGACACCUGAGGAGCCACACCGGGGAGAAGCCCUACGGCUGCGCCCACUGCGGGAAGGCCUUCGCCGACAGGUCCAACCUGAGGGCUCACAUGCAGACCCACUCGGGCGACAAGAACUACGAGUGCCCCAAGUGCCACAAGUCCUUCGCCCUCAAGUCUUACCUGAACAAGCACCUGGAGUCGGCCUGCCAGAGGGAGAACGGCGACGAGAGCAGCAACGACGUGGACUCGCCUCCUUAG